UCAGCUUCGGACAGUCACGAAGUGUCAAAAUUCCAGUUUGCAAUGCGCACAAAGAUUUGACGUGAUAAAAGUAAAUUAAUUAUUUUUAAAGGGCUCUCCAAGAUUUAACGAAAAACGCGGAGAAGCGGAAACGGCGUAUUUAUAUAAGAAAGAAAGUUUCGGAGGCAAGAUCGCGGAAGCUGAUGUGGCAUGACUGGCAAAUUUGACGAACGACGGAAAGCGUCGCGAACUCGUUCUUGCGGCCUUGAACGACCGCCGACCACGCUGUCCACCUGCCACCACUAUCCGCCGGGAUGCACCGUCCUGGAGUGCCGACUGGAGGCCAAUCGACCGGUGGCCCGGGUCGUCCAAGUGCCCGCCGACACCGCAGCGACCGCUCGGAAUUCGUGUUUACUGGCGAGGACGAGAUCAUCGGCCGAUCGGGUCUCGAGGAAGACAUCGCGAAGUAAAGCCAGAAAGGACAGCUCGACCGCCGACGAAUACGCGUUGCUUCCGACGUUUCACGUUCUAAAAUCUCAGGAUUCGAAAUGUUCGCUGGCUGGUAAAGCGUCGGUAGAAACAGUGAUUCUGGAUGUAACGGGCGACAAACAAUCCGACACCCCGAUCUCGAAAAUAAUACACUGUCCGUCGACGCGUCCCGUUUCGGAAGUAUGCGUGACGCGAGAUCGAGCCGACGAUCAGCGACGUCCCGCUUCGGAGCGGACGCUGCGAGUUAAGGUCGCGCGAGCGAAUCCCGCCAAGUCGGACAAAGCAUCCGUGUGCCAAAGGUCAGCAAGAGCCGUCGGACGUGCUCGCUUAAUUCCCGAGGAGAAGGUUUGUGGCGACACGCCGCCGCCGCAGGAGCUGUUGGCUCGAUGCAAAAACAUUCCCGCCUAUCAGUUCGAGAGAUACGAGGCUCGUCGCUCGAAAAGAGACGGUCUUCAGGACGAGUACGUUCAUCCGCUGUUGCGGAGCGUGUUGGAGAAAGAUGAGAGUACCACGAACGUUUGCAUUAAAAUUCAACAGGAUACGCCGUGUUAACGUGAAACAGAGACAGCUAACGAUAUUUGAGACACCGCCAUCACACACCAAUCUUAUUCUGACGUGACGUAUUAAGAUAAUUCGUUUUUUUUGUUUUUCGUCUUUCGAUACGUGGCUUCAUUGGUGGUCAAAUGUGAACGUGCGUUCGACGUCGCGUAAAAAAAAAAAAAAAAAAAACCAUUGAUAUGCGUUUCACGUAAAUUUCCGCGCACCGAGUUCGAAUGCGCAUCUUCUUUGUGAUUCCGCGCAUGCGGCGAGUUACGGCACUAACAGAAGAGAAACAAACAAAACGUCGGGGAGCCAGCCGGAAGUCAUCGCAUGUAGAUGCCCGUCGUUCGGAACGGUCGCGAGGCGGCUUUAUUUCCGGAACGUCGAACAUAAUACGCCGAAAUACGCCGUGUGGCACGCCCGCUCGGUAACAGAAUCUAAACUUAGAGCGAAACGCGCACCGUUCUGCAUUUCCAGCCGAUUGCCAGAUUUCGUCAGCGCAUAUGCGCUCUCUUACCUCGGUGUAAAACGCACCCUUUGUAAAAUCCGGACGUGAAAACUCUCCGUGUUGGAGAAAUUAAUUGCAUUUAAAAUAGUAUUUUCCAGUCUCUCUCGAGAAUGAUUAUAAAAAUAUGUGCGGAAAUUAAAG